UCGGGAUGCGUGUGGGUUUGUUUACAUCGGUGUGGUGGUAGUGGCGAGUCUAGGGCGAGUCUUAGGGUGUAUUUUGGCCGGCAAGGAGAGCUUAUUGGGCAGCAUCACUGAUGCUGAGAGUGAAGGCACCGCCGUCGUUGAAUGUGUCACAUUCCCCCAGUGGAAUGUAUGCAAGUUUUAGAGGUUGAAGAUACAGUAUAUGGAAGCUGAGCAAACGAGGUCUACAGCUACCGUAAAUUCUCGGCAUAACUACAAACAUGCUGUAGUUCAACAACUGCUGCCAGUAAUGUCUGAGGAUACUGACAUUGAUAACUUUGAGCUUCCAGUAAUAAAAGAAGGUAUCGCUGGAGGUGAAUGCUUAAUAUAUGUUAAAACUGAAGAGAGCGAAGAAGAAAUAUUAUUCAUCAACUCGGAUAAGUGUUCAGUUGCAUGCCAAACUGAUGCAUCUUUCCAUGCCGUUCCUAGUCAACCUUCAAUUCCCAAUGUUCCUAUAUUUUUUUGUGCUUUACCAUUGCCUGGCUCAGCAACUACUCAGUGCUACAUUCCCAUCUUGAUUGAUGUUGGUGUAGGAACAAAUCCUUCUGCAGUCUGCUCCAAAACUUACAAUAAGGUGAACCAUGAUACUGACAGUAAUGAUGCUGUCUCGAUCUCGGCACAAAGUCAGGUGACAAACAAGUUUCAGAAGCAUAAUGAUGUGAAGCCUCCAAAGUUAUUGUGCAUCAAAAAAUCUGAAAACCCAGUAUUGGAAUCAGCUGGAAGAAGGGUGGCACAGACAAGUACAACAACCAAGGCGGGAGAUGUUCUAAACGUAGUUCACAAUCCAACCAGAAAACCACCUAUAAAUAAUGUUCUAGAUAAUUCACGCACAGAUCUAAUUAAGAAAAAGAGAGGAAGAAAAAAGAAAGUUAUUUGCGAGGUAGAUAACAAGAUCAGUAGACGAAAACCAACUCGCACCUCACUCUCAGACCUAGACGGCAAGGUCUCAGGUAGGAGGAAGAGGAGAAAAAAGCGAGAUGCAGAUUUUGAAUAUGAUCUUGAUAGUGAGGAAGAUGCAAAUGUUGAUCUGGAGAUUGAUGAUGAUGAUCAAGAUGAAGACUGGAAAAUUAAUGCCCAAAAAGGUAGUGACGAUGAAAAAUUAGUGGAAGGCAAAGCUUUAAAGACACUUUGGGGUAAUGCUGGUGAUCUAAAAGCAGCACCAGUGAUUAAGGAAUUAGAAGUUAAAGAAGGUUCAGAGGAAGAAGAUGUAGAAUACAAGAAUUUAAUUGAUACUGUUGUGCAGGAAUAUGGGGACAGUAGUGACGCAUAUGAUGAGGGGAAAGAAGACUCCGAUGAAGGUGUAUGUAACAUUAUCUCGGGCGAUGAAGAAGAUCAUUUUGAUGGAAAUAAAGUUCACACCAUUGGUAUAAGCGAUUUAGCCUCUGAAAAUGAAUUUAAGAUAUCAAAACAAAUAAAAAAGUAUUCAGAUAAAGCAAAAGAAAAGUAUCGACAGGAAAAAGUAUUAAAGGAGGAUGGAAAAGUAAUGUACAAGUGUCUGAAAUGCAAUGAAGAAUUUGAAUUGCGCAUACAGCUAAAGGAACACAGAAAAGUACACACUAUGCAAUUGAGAAUAUAUGAAUGUAGUCACUGUGAUAAAGUGUUUACAGAAGCUCGUAAAUAUUAUUCCCACUUGGGUUUCCACGAUCGCCUUUUUGAAUGCCGUUCAUGUGGACGGAGAUUCUCCCUGCUGGGUAAUUUAAAGAAGCAUCUAACCAUUCACCAAGGUGCACCAGAUCAGGUAUGUGAAGUAUGUGGCAAUCAGUUUUUGAACCCCGAUCAGUUGAAGUUGCACCACGAAACUCAGCACAAUGGUGACAAUAUUCGCCCCUACAAAGUUGAAUGCAUGCAUUGUAACAAAAAAUAUGUUAGGGAAGAGGCUUUUAACCAACAUUUAAGUAAAGCUCCAUAUAAAUGCUCAUUAUGUGAUGCUUCAUUGGGCUGCGAGUCUAAAUUAAAAACUCAUGUAAGAUACCAGCAUGGCCAGUGUGUUUGUGAAUUUUGUGGGAAGUCUUUUAAAAAGAACUCAAUAAUACAUCAUAUUAAAGUAGUCCAUAGAGAGGCAUGUGUAAAGUGUCCUCUGUGUCCUAAAAAGUUUGCUUAUCGUUCAAAAAUGCUAGCACACUUUGAUGCAAACCACACACUUGAAAAAAAGUAUAAAUGCAAUCAAUGUAAUUACACUGCCCGAACAGCCAAUACACUAAAUCUUCAUCGCCGUAGAUAUCAUACGGAUCCUAACAAACUUCAUCGCUACGGUUGUAAACUCUGUGGACGUAAAUUUUUCCUUCCUUCCAAGCUUACCCUCCAUUAUCGUACUCAUACAGGAGAGAAACCAUUCAAGUGUCAAAGUUGCGGCAAAGCAUUUGCUUCAAAGUAUAAUAUGAUGGAACAUGAGAAAUGUGUACAUGGUGAGCGAGUACAGCUGAAGCAUCCAGACGGCAGUACCACUGUGCGAAUAGUUAAGCACCGUCGUGCCCCACGUGCUCCUGGCCGACGCUGUGAUUUGUGUGGAGUUGAUUUACCAUCUUCAUCUGCCGUACUCAACCAUAUGAGAGAAGAGCAUGAUGCUCAUUCCUUGCCAGAGGAUUCCUUGGAAUCUACAAAAGACACUAAAAUGGAACCACCACAAAACAGAGAAUCGAAUAAAGACAAAUACCAGGUAAAAGGUGAGCAGCAAUACGAGGUGAUAGAAGGUUGUGAUCAAGAUCUGAUACUCACUGCUUCUUCUGGAUUGGUAAACAUCCAUGCAGAUUCCAUCCCUGAGUAUGCUACACACGUGGAAAUUGAUGGGGUGGAGUAUCAGGUGGUCCGGCAGUGAUAAUUUUUUGAAGAUAAUGCUACACUCAAAUCCUGUGCAGUGUAUAUAAUUGUACUGUAUAUAAUUUAUAUAUA